AUGCCCUCCAAACGCCCCUCCGCGACGCCCUCGUCCUCCUCCGCACCCGCGCCGUCAUCCGCAUCAUCAUCGGGCACUUCAACACCACUGCCAACCCUCUCCUCCGGCCCCAAAACGCUCUCCGCAAACUCCUCCGUCUCCGAUAUCGCCAUUCAUGUCUGGCAACAGUACCUCACCACCACGCCGCAGCGCACAAUGCUCCUAGACGCCUUCAUGGCCUUCCUUGUCCUUGUUGGCGGAGUGCAGUUUGCCUAUUGUGUGCUGGCGGGGAAUUAUCCCUUCAACGCCUUCCUGAGCGGCUUCUGUGCUGCAGUCGGACAGUUCGUUCUCACGGCUAGUUUGCGCAUGCAGACGAGUUCUUCGGAGGGGGUCUCGAGCGUCGGUAAAGGGAAAGUGGGCAAGGUUGCUGUUGCUGUUGCUGGGCGUGCUGAGGGGGCGGAUGGUGGCAUUUCGCAUGAGAGGUGA